UUAACCAGAUAAUUCAUUUAGGGGUGGGAAUAGAAAACAGUCAGAAGUUACUCUGACUUCUUGUAUUUGCGCGCCUUCAGUGGGCUGUAUUUAUUCAUAGUGGGACUAAAAAUGGAAGACACCUUGCAGCAAGAAAAACAGGAGGUUGAAUAUAAAGAUCCAAAUGAGGAUCAAGGGGGAUUCCGCCGCAGAUUGCGAGACAGGGCUCUCCUCAAGAAAAGAAAGGCUGAAGCAGAAGAGAAGGAAACUAACCAUUGGGUUUUUGGGGUGGAAAACCAGAGAAAGAGAUCCAAGGCCAGUGAUAAAAGUGGCACAAAAAAGAGAGGGAGGCCCAAGAAGAAGGAUCCUUUCACUGAAAAGCCAGCCAUUCAAGAAGAACCACCAUUUUCUCAGGAGGGUCCUGCAGUAGUGGUGGUGCCUGAACCUGUGGAGACCAAACUAGAGUCACAAUCAGAACCUGUUCUUGCUCCUCUUGAUUCUGCACCCGUGCUUGGAUCUUUCCAAAGUUCUGUCCUUGCUCCUUUACUAUGUCAAUCCGCUUUAAUUAACCAGAUUCCAGCUCCUGUUUCACCCUCAGUUCCCAACUCAGCUCCUGUCAAUCUUCUUGAUACAGCCCUAGUUCAGGAUCCACCACUGCAUGUUACAAUUCCAGUUCCGUCCCAGGAUUCUGUUUCAGCUGCUGCUCCUGCACCUCCACAAGUAGAAAACCUCUACACACGCAUGGAGUCACAAGGUGGUAAGGGACUUGAUCAGGUCCUGAUUGAAGAUUUGGGCCCAGAUGAGGAAGAAGACAUCCCUGCAAAAGAAGACAAAAUGUCUGAUGAAGAUCUAACGGAGGCAACAAUGGUCAGUGCUUUGGAGCAAAACAAAAUGUUUUCUAUUUCAAGUUUCUCCUCGCCAACCCCACCACAAGAAUAUCUUCCAGGGAAUUCAGUUUAAUUUUUUUAAAUUAAAAAUACCAGUGAUACCAGUUUAGGUUAGAUCCAACAUCCUUCUUUAUUCUUCAGUGUCAGCUGUUAAGAAUUCUAAGUGCUAGUCAAUGCAUUCCUUACAUUAAAAACAAAUGUGUUUUCUUACCAAACCAGUUUGCCUAUUUAUUUUCAGUAUGUGCUUGACUGUUGCAUUUCCAUUGAGGUUAAGGGUGGAUUUCUUUGCUCUUUUUAACAGAUGAAAUGUCUUUGUAAUUGUAACUAAUUUGAUAGAAUUUUCUUAAAAUAAAAAAAACAAACAAAUAAAAUACACUUUUUUAUCUGAAAUAUAUAUAAUAAUUAUGGAAAUGUUAAGAUGUAUGUCAACAAUAAAUGUAUUUUGCUUCACGUGUUUUAUUUAUUACUAUUAAAUAUGAAGAUUUACAAUUAUUGUACAUUUUUAACUAUAUUGAUUGUUAACAUAUUCUUACCGGUUUCUUGUUUCUUUGUAAAACAAAGUCAACACAUGAAUAAACAUUUUUCAGUAUUUAUUCGUAUGAAAGAGUUUAGAAAACAAUUUUAUACAUUUAACAGAAAGAGGACGUUGCCAAAAGCAAAUAGCUUGUUAUUCCAAGUUUUUUUUUACUGGUAACUGUAUUAUUGACAGCUUUGUCCUCUUUGGUUUUAUAAAUAAAGUUCGUUUUGAAAACCAGUAGGGGACAUAGCUGUUGUUGCCCCCUACUGGUCAUUAAGAGCAACAAAAAUGUAUUGGCCUGCAUUGACCAAAAACGUUGUUGACUGCAACACUUCAUAUUUGUGACACAAUAAACUUAUUUUGAAUAAAUGUCGAGAUAGAAACCGAGAGAUAAACGAUCCCACUGUGUUAUAGCUGCAGGCUAAUCACGUGGUUUCCUGGUUGGGGGGACUUCCGCAAGUGUCGUCAUUGUAGUGUUCAUAAAUAGUGUGUAUGAUUUUAGGUCUGUGAUUUGCUGACUUGUUGUUUUGUAAAAUAUGAGUCCAUUGUGUCAGUGUUGCGGUGAUACCGUCCGUCAGUUGAAGCAGCAGGUUUCUGUGAUGAGGAGAGAAAUCAAGAACCUGAGGCAAAUGUUGGACAGUGCAACUCGAGCCAAUCGCAAGCACAUGCUCUCACUUCAGUCUGCUCUGUCAAAGAUUGGAGUUAGUGAAAAAAAGGACAUCCAGGCACCCUCCCCAUCUUCAUCGUCGCCAAGUGCUACACUAGAGCAAGGGAGCAUUCAGACAGUACCUAUUGGUUACAUCACUUCCUGUUUCUCAGCGAAGAAUGGCACACCCAGACAGCCCACAGUCUGUGGCCCCUCGCGAGCGAAACUACGGAUCCAGCACAGUGUUUUCAAUAACCCAGAACAUGCACUAGUGGGUCUGGAGCAAUAUUCUCAUGUUUGGGUCAUUUUUCUUUUUCACAAAAAUGGACAUCUUAGCUAUAAAGCCAAAGUGAAGCCACCUAGACUGAAUGGUCAGAGAGUUGGCGUUUACUCCACACGCAGUCCACAUCGACCAAAUGCAUUGGGCCUGACUCUGGCUAAACUUGAUGGAAUUGUAGGGGACACGGUACAUCUGUCAGGCAUUGACAUGAUUGCUGGAACCCCAGUACUUGAUAUCAAACCCUUCAUCCCUGACUACGACUCCCCCAAGACAAGAACUUGUAUGGAUUUGGCUGAUUGUGAUACAAAUAAAACAGAAACUGUCUCAGUGGAAUCCAACAUCUCAAACAUCUGCAACGACUUCGACCCUCCCUCAAACUCAAGGGACAAAACAACCUGCUUUGACAACUGGGAAUGUCAGCUUCCACAAGACGGAUCUGAGGUUGAGAAUCCUUUGAUAAACCCUCCUGAUCUCCUUACUAAUUCUGCUGUACCUGAAGACAUACACAGUGCACUGCAAGAAGUCAAAGUUUACGUGAAGCAACUUGAAAUGCAACAAAGUCACAGUCAGGCUUUAGACUCCCCAUUAAGCAAAGCCCUGGCGUUGUCAGCAGACAGGCCCUCUUUUGGAGAAGAGGUGUACAGUACCAUUGCUGGCUGGAUCAGAGAACCUCCUGUUGGUAGGCUGGAGGUACGCUUUACUCCUCAUGCUGAGAGAGAGCUGGCUGGUUUUCUUCCUGCAACUCAACCAGAACACACUGAAAGUGUACGACCCAGAUUCAAGUUCCUGCGCAGUCACACAGAGGCUGUUGCUGCAGUCACAGGGGUGUUGUCAGCGGAUCCACGGUCAGUCUACAGGAGAACACGCUGUACCGACCGGCUCUUCUUCUUCACCCUGGACACAGCAGACAUUACUUGUUGGUUUGGACAGGACUUUGCCGAGGUCGUGCAAGUCAAACCAGUUGAUAUCUAGAUUGUCAACAUGUGAGAAACAUUUGAGGUUAACCAUGUGCAUUGAGAAUAAUGGCUGUGUGCCUCAUGUCAACAUAUUGUGUUCAUUUUUUAUAUAGAAGACAUGUAUUUCAACGUUUACUCCAUGACUCCAAAAAGAUU